AUGACGCUAAAUACCAAGCUGCCGUUUAGACUCAAGACGGUAAUGUGGACAAAGCUAUGGGCCAUAUUAAGAGCCGUCUCUCCACCGAGCCGGCCACAGUCCCGGAACUGGAACCUCGGCGGCUCCUUGCGCCGACGGGGCCGGCGGAGCGCGCUGCUGGGCGAGGCCCUGGCUCGGGGCCCUUGCUAUCUGGGGCGGCGGAGGAAGUCCCUUCGGUUUCCUUUCGGGGCCGAGAUCCCUGCCUGGAUUCUUCUCCUUUUUUUCCCUGCCUGCUUCUCCCGGCACCCACACUGGCUACCUUCAGAAGCUCCAAAUCUUCACCAGACUUCACGCUGCUACCCUCCCGAGGAGCUGUCCCACGGCCAUCUUCCCCUCCACCUGAUGGGCAAAGCCGCCAGGUCGGCCCGCUCUCUGCCAGCUGCGCUGGUGGCUGGUCUAGAAGUUGGUGACCUGGCCGGAGGCCGGAGACGUCGGCAGCUCCAAGAGUCCCGAUGUACAGCUCUCCAGCUGGAAAAUGUGUAUGAAGCAGAGUUCCACCAGCGAUCCCUCUCCCCGUGGAGAUACCGAAUUGACAUGGAUGAGAACCGGUAUCCCCCAAAACUGGCUUUUGCCGAGUGCCUGUGCAAAGGUUGUAUUGACAUGAAGUCGGGUCGGGAGACAUCUUCAUUAAACUCAAUUCUACUGGAACAGAGAGUGAUGGUCCUCCGCCGCAAGCCCUGUGCUCUGAAGGGAGAUGCUCAAGUGACCCCAGGGGCCUUCACCUUCCAGAUAGAAUACAUCAAUGUCCCUGUGGGCUGUACCUGUGUCCUGCCCCGGUUCAGCUAAGGAAUGGUCAGCGGGAGCUGAGAAGCUCUCUGAGCUCAGUCCUCUUGAUUUAGUCACUGCUCCUUCCAUUCUGCAUCACUUGCCCAGCUCCAUAACAGAACUUAGCCCAUAAAGCAGUCUGGAAGGAUGGAAAGAGCCCCGUGUUUGGAAUCAACAGAUCUGAGUUUGAAUUUAGGUUCUGCUACUACUUAUGGGAUUUUGAACAAGUAAUUACUUUGGGCCUCAGUUUCCCUAAGAAGAUUGAAUUAGAUGACCUCGAGGGUCUGGUUUAGUUCUGAACCCAGUUGAAGGACAAUACCCAAGGGAGUCCCUAUCCCAGCCAAGA